AUGGCUACCUCCUCGUCGGCGCUCAUUCUCCUGCUGGUUGUGUCAUUCGCCGCCAGCGCCAGCGCGACGUCCUUCAGCAUCACCAACCAAUCACCACGGGAAAAACAGGGCUUCACCGUGUGGCCGGCGGCGAGGCCGGUGGGCGGCGGUAGGCAGCUCAACAGCGGCGAGACGUGGAACCUUGACAUCCCGGCGGGCACCCACACGGCCACCAUCUGGGGCCGCACGGGCUGCAGCUUCAAAGGAAACUCCGACUGCUGCGCAACAGCCGACUAUGUCGGCGCACUGUUCUGCACCCUGUCUAGACAGCCUCCGCUGACGCUGGUGGAGUUCACCCUCGGCGGCAAGUUUGAUUCUUAUGAUAUCUCCGUGAUCGACGGGUUCAACAUCGGCAUGGGCUUCUCCUACAGUACCGGCGUCGCGCUGCAGUGCCGGGACUCUCACUGCCCCGACGCAUACCAGCAGCCCAACGACGUCAAGACCAAAACCUGCAGGGGCAACAGGAGCUUCCGGAUCGUCUUCUGCCCAUGA